CUCAGUUCUGACACCGGGGGAGCUUCAGGAGCUAAGCUACGCUACACGGUCCGUGGUGAGCAUCCUCAAGAAACCACCCCAAACACCAACAAGGAAAGAAGCCUGGGGCCUUGUGCUGGGACAACACACACACCCUUGAGAGAUAUAUAAGCUCCUAGCACCCAGACGCUCACUCCCUCCCUCCUUCCCAUCCAGCACCCAGACACUCACUCACUCCCUCCUUCCCAUCCAGCACCCAGACGCUCACUCACUCCCUCCUUCCCAUCCAGCACCCAGACGCUCACUCACUCCCUCCUUCCCAUCCAGCACCCAGACGCUCACUCCCUCCCUCCUUCCCAUCCAGCACCCAGACGCUCACUCACUCCCUCCUUCCCAUCCAGCACCCAGACGCUCACUUACUCCCUCCUUCCCAUCCAGCACCCAGACACCCACUGUCUCCCUCUCAGCUCCCCCAGCUCAACCACCAGCAUGGCUGCGUCCACCAUGUCCGUCUGCUCCAGCGACCUGAGCUACAGCAGCCGUGUCUGCCUUCCUGGUUCCUGUGACUCUUACUCCGACUCCUGGCAGGUGGACGACUGCCCAGAGAGCUGCUGCGAGCCCCCCUGCUGCGCCCCCAGCUGCUGCACCCCGGCCCCCUGCCUGACCCUGGUCUGCACCCCAGUGAGCUGUGUGUCCAGCCCCUGCUGCCAGGCGGCCUGUGAGCCCAGCCCCUGCCAAUCAGGCUGCACCAGCUCCUGCACGCCCUCGUGCUGCCAGCAGUCUAGCUGCCAGCCGGCUUGCUGCACCUCCUCCCCCUGCCAGCAGGCCUUCUGCGUGCCCGUCUGCUGCAAGACUGUCUGCUGCAAGCCUGUGUGCUGUGUGCCCGUCUGCUGUGGGCCUUCUUCUUCAUGCUGCCAGCAGUCUAGCUGCCAGCCAGCUUGCUGCAUCUCCUCCCCGUGUCAACAGUCCUGCUGUGUGCCCGUCUGCUGCAAGCCCAUCUGCUGUGUGCCUGUCUGCUCUGGGGCUUCCUCUCUGUGCUGCCAGCAGUCUAGCUGCGUGAGCUGUGUGUCCAGCCCCUGCUGCCAGGCAGCCUGUGAGCCCAGCGCCUGCCAAUCAGGCUGCACCAGCUCCUGCACGCCCUCGUGCUGCCAGCAGUCUAGCUGCCAGCCGGCUUGCUGCACCUCCUCCCCCUGCCAGCAGGCCUGCUGUGUGCCCACCUGCUGUGUGCCCACCUGCUCUGAGGAUUCUUCUUUGUGCUGCCAGCAAUCUAGCUGCCAGCCAGCUUGCUGCACCUCCUCCCCAAGCCAGCAGUCCUGCUGUGUGCCCGUCUGCUGCAAGCCUGUCUGCUGCAAGCCCGUCUGCUGUGUGCCUGUCUGCUCUGGGGCUUCCUCCCUGUGCUGCCAGCAGUCUAGCUGCCAGCCGGCUUGCUGCACCUCCUCCUGCUGCAGACCCUCCUCCUCUGUGUCCCUCCUCUGCCACCCUGUGUGCAGGCCCACCUGCUGCAUGCCCGUCCCCUCCUGUUGUGCACCCGCCUUCUCCUGCCAGCCCAGCUGCUGCCACCCAGCCUCCUGCGUGUCCCUCCUCUGCCACCCUGUGUGCCCCCACCUGGCCUGCUAAGGCCUCUGCUCAGGCCAGAAGCCCAGCUACUGACGGGCACGUCCCCCAGGGCCAGCCAGGCUCAGGUUCCCCCCAAUCUCUCCCACUGCUGACCUCUCAGCACA